AUGUUGAAAAAAUAUGGAUAUGAAGAAAAACAGCAAAAACGUGUAAUCCGGAGUAAAAGACCCAGUCCUGUGUCGCCUAAACUGCCCGACCUGAACCCUUCACUUCGCCCGGGCCUAGCCGUGGUGUUCAUCGGCUACAACCCCUCGAUCCGCUCCUCGUCCUUGCAGCAUCAUUACGCUCACCCCACUAACCUGUUUUGGAAAUUAUUUAACGAGUCGGGAAUAUUGAGCACCGUGACUAACGGGGUACACUCUCACCCCUGCGCCGCCAAGGACGACUGGGAUCUGCUCCAAUACGGCAUCGGGUUCACGGAUCUGGUGCUGCGCCCCACGCAGAACGCGGGGCAACUGACUAAAACGGAAAUGGCCCACAACGUACCGAGACUGUGCGCCGAACUUAGGAGCAACCAGCCUGCGGUGGCCUGCUUCGUGGGGAAGGGAAUCUGGGAACAGGUGUGCAAGACGUUGGGAAACAAAGACGCCUUGAAGAACUUUGGCUGGGGACGGCAACAGCUCGAGCUUGAGGGCUGCACUAUCUUUGUGAUACCCAGCACCUCCGGCCUCGUCACCAUCAGCUACAAGGAAAAACUCAAGUGGUGGCUCGAGUUGCGCGCUUACGUCAGCAACCUCGGGGUUGAUAAGACCGCGAAAACUGAUGGUGUCUGGGGUAAAGUUCGCGGAGCGCAGAAUACCUGUGAAGAGUAUAAAAAGAAGCCGCUGUUCCUGGAUGCAGGAGACGCUGAAAUGGUUCGGCACGUGAGCGGCAAGGACAUCGAUCAUCUAGUUGAUAUUUUGGUUCGUCUUCAUGAGCAGAAAUGCUCAGGACAGCGUGUUAUUGUUGCCGUGUGCGGUGCGCCGGGCAGUGGCAAGUCUUUGAUCACAGAGAGGGUUAUUAACCGUCUGAAUGAGCGCUUUGGCAAGCGGAUUGGCGUUGUGGUCCCCCAGGACGGGUUCCACUACUACAUGAAAGAAUUGUUGCAGAUGGACGAUCCAGAAACCAUGGUUGCUCGACGGGGUGCAGAUUUUACGUUCAACGCUGAGGGACUGGUUGAUUUAGUGAGGCGGAUUAGAGAGCAUCCCGAGGAGGAAAUAUAUGCGCCGAGCUUUGACCACAAAAUCAAGGAUCCAGUCGAAGAUUCGAUCGUGAUUCGUCCUGAGAACGAGAUCGUUAUUCUCGAAGGCAACUACGUUUGUUUGGACAAGGAGCCGUGGAGUAAGAUCUCGCAAAUUGCCGACGCGAGCUGGAUGGUCGUCGCGCGGCCCGAGCUGAUUCGGGAGAGAAUUGUGCGGCGGCAUUUGGAGGCCGGGAUCAGCAAGACCAAAGAGGAGGCAGAGCAGCGGGCCGACGGAAACGACAUGGUGAACGGGAAGUAUGUGAUAGAGCACUCGCGUGGGAUAGAUUUGGCGAUUGAUAAUGAAUAG